GAGAUUAUUCAAACAGCAUCUAAAAAAAGCUCUCCACCCAAUGCUUCACUCACAGAGUGGAAGUGAACAGCACUUGGUGUGGAGAGUUGAGAAGCCUGUUGCGUGCCAUGACUGCGUUUUACCGGAUACUUCUCCUGUUAUCUGUGGCCGUGGCCUCUGCAGCGGCACGCAGGUCCCAUCGGACGAAAAGAGGGCUGCUCGAGCUGGCGGGGGCCAUCAAGUGCAGCACGGGGAGAUCUGCCCUGGCGUAUAUGGUGUACGGAUGCUACUGUGGACUGGGUGGUCAAGGCUGGCCCAGGGACAAGGCAGACUGGUGUUGCCACAGGCAUGACUGCUGUUACGGAGAUGCAGAACGUCUUGGAUGCCAAACCAAAACAGACCAGUAUAAGUGGACCUGUGAGGACAAGAAAGCUGAGUGCGAUGAUUUGAAGGACAAGUGUGAAAAGCUGCUGUGCAAGUGUGACAGAGACGCCGCCAAAUGUUUGAGAAAAGCACCUUUUAUCCGGAGAUAUGCCCUAUGGCCCGAUUUUCUAUGCGGCUACGAUCACCCGAUGUGUAAUAUUUACUGACGCAAUAAAUGCAUCUACAUGUCCUGUGUGCCUUUUUGUAAAUACAAGAAUGGAUUUUAAUUGAUCAUUACCAGGCUUUUUUAAACUAGUGUUAUGUUUUCAAAUGUUGUUUUAAUAAAAGACAAAACCACUA